CGGGACUGGUGCCGACGUCCAAGCUGGGCAAGCAGUACGUCGCCCUGGACUCGGACUGCAUGAGCGUCAAGAGCGAACACAACCUCACCAAUGUCCUCAUACAGAACAAUUGCCGAGCCCCGAUGGCCAGCCUGGAGUGCCUGGACGAAGGCACGUUGUCGAGCGCCAGCUCGGUGCCGGCCAGCCAGCCGCCCACCCGCCAGGUGUCGCUCUUCGCACAGCCGGCCAUCCGAUACAGAAAUCUGGGCAAGUCAGGCCUGCGCAUAUCAAACAUAGGACUAGGCACCUGGGUUACCUUCGGAUCCCUAAUUUCGGAAGAGGCAGCUGAGGAAAUCGUGACCGCGGCGUUUGAAAGUGGAAUCAACGUGUUCGACACAGCGGACAUCUAUGCCGGAGGAAAGGCGGAGAUUGUGCUUGGCAAGGUGCUCAGGAAGAAGCGCUGGAGACGAUCUUCUUACGUAGUCACGACCAAGUUCUUCUGGGGAAACAAGUCCGACCCAGAACGAGGACUCUCAAGAAAAGUCAUCAUAGAAGGUCUGCAGGCGUCGCUUGAGAGACUACAAUUGAGCCACGUGGACGUUCUCCUCAUCAACAAAGCCGACCCAAUGUGCCCCAUGGAAGAAGUCGUGCGGGCGUGCACCCAUUGCAUCAAUCAAGGCUGGGCCAUGUACUGGGGCACCUGCCGAUGGAGCAGCGUCGAAAUAACGGAAGCGUACACUGUGGCGAGACAGUGCCACCUGGUGCCCCCCAUUGUGGAGCAGACAGAGUACCACAUGUUCCAGAGGGAUAAGGUAGAGCUACAACUGCCCGAGCUCUACCAUAAAAUCGGGCUGGGGACAAUGACGUGGUCGCCGCAGGCCUUCGGCGUCCUAACGGGGAAGUUUGACGAAGGCGUCAACCUUCUCUCCAGAGGUUCGUUUAGGCAAUAUAUCUCGGCGGUUACCGACAAAGUGGACAUACCGGAAAAGGCGGUCUGUGAGCAUGGAGGCCGGGUUCCCCGGUACCAGUCCAAGCUCCAGGAGCUGUCGUACAUCGCCGACAGGCUGGGCUGUACCUGCAACCAGCUCACUAUAGCAUGGUGCCUCAAGUGCGAGAACGUCCAUACUGUCCUGGUGGGAGCGUCUUCGGUGGAUCAGCUCUACGACCACCUUGCUGCCCUGCAGGUGGUACCAAAGCUGACGUCUUUAGUGAUGAGCGAGAUCGAGAAAGUCCUGGACAACAAGCCCCGAGCCCUGCUGCCCAGGUGACAAUUGCAGGAGCCCUGGCUGGGCCGGCCCAUCCCCGAAAGUCCACGGA